GUGAAAAGAAACAAUAAAACUGUGGCUCUCAAGCCUGAUCUGUUCCUCCUCCUCCGCCCCCGUGGCCUUGGGUUUUGGGAUCCCCUCGCCUCGUCUCGUCGCCUCUUCCUCCUCGCAGCUCGCCGGCCUCCUCUUCUUGCCACAAAAAUCCACUCCAAAUUGCCGCCGAUCCCCGUACACCCGGCGCACCCACAGGGCCUCUCCCCGCCUUGCCUGGUUCGGGAUGGUCGCGCAGAUUUAGCUGAUUCAAUCGCUGGCGGCGUUCGAUCUUGCGGUGCCCCGCCGAGAUGGUUUGAAUUGUGAUCUGGAAAUGGAGCCGUCGGAUCUGAACACCCACCUGCCGCCGCGGAAGCGGCUGCUCGCCGGGCUCAGGACGGCGGCCACCUCCUGCGACGCAGCCGAGCCCCUCCCGUCCCCGCUCGCCUCCGGCGAUCUCGCCGCCCGCCUCCGCGAGAUGGCGCUCGCCGCCAACGCCUCGGCCUCCUCGCCCGAGGAAAUGAUCGAAGCGGCGAGGGCGGCUGCGGAAGCCGCUACCGAUGCGGCCGCGGCUGCCCGAGCCGCCGCGGCCGAGAAAGCGGCCGUGGCCGCCAAGGCUAGGGCCGCUGCGCGGGCUGCUAUGGAGUUCCUCGAUUCCUUUUCCAGGACAGGCACGUCCAGGAACGGCCUCCAGUUCAAGGUCAAGUCGAGGAAGAAGCAUGUCCAGGUCAAGAUGUUGUACAGGCCCAAUGGAACCCUGGGGGAUGCUCCCAAGCCUAGGAGGCGCAAGCAGUCCGAUGAAGAGAUCGCACGCAAUUUGCACCGUGCCAUGAAUAGCUCACCGAGGAUCUCUCACACUGGACCACCCAAGAGGCCUCGCGGCAAAGCCGGUGAUGGCAAAGAUGGAGCCGCCCCCGGUGAAGGUAACAGGGAAGGUCGUGACGAUGCUUGCAAUGGUUCUUCAACUCAUGCGCCAAUUGAGGCUGGCGGUGGCUUAUCUAAUGGAUGCUGUGAGGAGAAAUCUAGCGAGACAACUGUUCCAUUGUUCAAGCAUGGGGGUCCUGAUGAUGGUGGUGAUGACCCAUCUAGGCAUGCUGCAAAGAGUAGAGGCGAUGUUACUGAUAAUGGAGUUGGCACUGGAAACUUGAGCGCUGCUCGGAAAGUGAAGAUCAAGAGGAAGGAAUUGCUUCUGAACCAACAUAACAAUAAAGAAACAGAAGAGCCCAAGGAAACAGAACCCUCUGUACAACCUAUAGGACAGGAUGAGCCAAAGACGAAUGGAAAUGGAACAGAAAAGCAUGGGAGUCCAGCAGAUGCAAAGGCCCCAGGUGACGGCACGGCGUCGAUGAAGAUUACAUCUGUAUGGAAGUUCAAGAAGUUAAAAACGUCACACUGUUCAUCCGACAGCAAGGUGUUGCACAACGUGUGUUCCUCUCCUACAGCAGCCGAAACUUCAGCUUCGGUGAAAGCUGAUUAGCGAGGUACCAUAGCGUAUAGUCGGCAGAUGCUUGUCUUAGCUAUGCUUGUUGUGAGAUUUUUGUAUGUUGAAGUGGUUAUUCGGACCAAGAGGGAGAGGAGGUAAAUCUCUCUCGGUAGAUCUUGCCUUUGCUUUGAUUUUUUAUACAAAUGUGCUUGUUUUAUGGUAUAUAAGUGACAAGGUAUUUCUACCGUAUUGUUUCUGUUCCACCCUUCCCAUUUGAUGUCAUUAGUAAUAGGGAGUGUGACAAACCCAUUUAGUUGUACCUGUUAUGCAUAUCAUCAUUCUAAUAAAUGGCACGGUGUAACCAAUGGUCUUCAUA